AUGACUGAUAUCAACUAUAGUAAACUUUCCUCGAACCAGGUCGGUCAGUACCUUUCGGGCGUAUGUCAAGGAUUAACUAAAGAGGAAAGAAGAAGAAAGUUGAAUGAGAUUCUCGGUACAACUGAAUCGACUGUCACAGAGUAUCGACAGAAGCUUACAAAUACAAAAGAGAAAAUAGAAAGAGCUAGAGCCCAAUAUGAAAACUUCACUGAUUUGGUUCAAACAAUGGAAAACCUCAAAGUGUCGCUGGAAGAACAUAUAAGGACUGUUAAGAUUAAUAAGGGAUCACUUGACAGUAUCCCAGCGGUUCUACAACAUGACAAAGGAAAAGAAAGAACACAAGCUCUCAUCAGUAUCAUAAAGGCUGUAACCCAAAUCCGUAUUAUCAAGGAAAACUUCAAAAAAGAAAGUGAGGAUCAGAGAGUUCUAUUUGAAAGCUUGUUAGAGAUGCAGCAGAGCAGGAAAAUACUUCAUAAAUUCUUGAAAGAAGCUGUUGAAGAAGAUAAGAUUUUCGAAGAUCUAAAAGAUCAAUUCUUUGCUUGGCAGUCAACUGCUUUGAUCUUUGCUAUUCAACAAGCAGAUUAUGUUCGUAUGACUGAGAUACAGCACAGCUAUGAAGCUAUGGAUCGUCAAGAUGAAUUCUUGCUUAUGUUUAAACAAGUUUCUAUCAAUUGCUUGAAAGAGUUUCAUUUCGAUUCUUCUUCUAUGUCUACUCUGGUGGAAGGCUUGCAUAAGCAAAUGGAUUUCAUUUUCACACAUCAAUAUCAAAUACUUCGUCGUUUCCUAGACGAUGAUAAAGCUCAUGAGAUGAUUGUUGAAGCUAUGAACCUGGGACUGGAUGCAUGUGAUCUAACAACUCCUCUUACUCUACUCAUAUCUGAUACUGACAAUAUAUUAAAGAUCAUGGAUGAAACUACAAAGAUAAUGUUCACGCUUGGUAACAAGUCAGAGUCUAAGCUCACGUUCAAACUAUUACAAAAUCGUUUGGCCAAAGAAAUGAAUGAGCCUAUGCAAAAAGGACUUAUAUCUUUCAUGAUUAAGAGAGUUUCAGCUAUGGACGAAAUUGGACAAGGCUCAUUCAGAACACGCGUGGAAAGUUUGAAAACAUCGAUUUCAUCUCUGUUUGCCCUUAUGCAUGAUGUUAUUGAAAGAAGUCGGGGUUGUUUUGGGACGAAAUUUGCUCAGAUUGUGGAAACUCCAGUCAACAAAACAUUGGACAACUUCCUAUCAUAUUUACAAAAAUGGAAAUCGAGUAUCGAUAAAUCAAGCUCUACCAGAUCUGUUAGUGAAUUGAUUUCAAUAUGCAGUGCCAGUGGCUACCUUCUGACUGGUAUGGAAGACAUCGAAAGAUUAUUGGAUUCAGAGAUUUCCAUCGCUUCGAACAUGAAAAACUUCAAAAAAUGGAACAAAUCUGUUGUUGAAAGCGUAUUGAAAGCAUCAUGCGAAUCUAUCACGGGCAAAAUGAAAACAAAAAUGGAAGAGAUGAAGCGAGCUCCACCCAGUGCCGUGAGCAAUGCAAAUUUACCAACAUUCACUCUAUUCCCUCAUGAAUACAUUACGACAGCUGGACAGGAUAUGCUUCAACUCUUCCACAAUUGGGAUAAGUUCUUCUUGGAUGAGAAUGUUGCAUAUUCAUUCUUUGUAGCAUAUAAGGGAAAGUUUAAAGAUGACGAGUUGUUCAAACGAACCGUUAAUGAAGUUGCUGACAGAGUGAUGAAGCAAUUCAUUGCAACAAUAGCCGAACCAGCCAGCUUAGCAGUAGAGUUGAGUCGUCAAUUCUAUACAGAUGCUGGAUUCCUGAAAGACGCUUUAGAAGAUUUACGAGCUGGAAAUACCGCAGAUUUGGAAGAGUUACGAGAGAAACUGAAGAAAGUUGGAUUUGCAUGA